UUGCACUUGCGGACUGCAGGAGUUCAAAACUGCGCACGCUCAUUUUAACGGCGGAACCCCUAUGUGCGCGGAGCGGAAGUGGGUUCUUUCUUUCUGAUCUCGGACUGCAGACAUGGUGUUCAAGCGCUUUGUAGAGAUCGGCCGCGUCGCCUACGUUGCCUUCGGGCCUUAUGAGGGAAAACUGGUGGCAAUCGUAGAUGUCAUUGACCAGAACAGGGCCCUUGUCGAUGGUCCAUGCACUGGCGUAAAGAGGCAGUCCAUGCCAUUCAAGUGCAUGCAGCUCACAGACUACGUCAUCAAAGUCCCACACAGCGCUCGCCAGAAGUACGUCAGGCGUGCCUGGGAAAAGGCAGAGGUUGACAAGAAGUGGGCUGAGUCAAGCUGGGCCAAGAAGAUUGAAGCCAGACAAAAGAGGGCCAAGAUGUCCGACUUUGACCGCUUCAAGGUUAUGAAGGCCAAGAAGAUGAGGAACAAGAUCAUCAAGGUGGAAGUCAGGAAGCUUCAGAAGGCUGCCUCUAAGGCUGCUGCCGCUAAGUGAGCAUUUAUAACAAUAAAAAAAUUGUUAAAACGA